AUGGCUAUGAUCAAAAUUGGGGCAGUUGGAGGACGUGGUGGAUCAAUUUGGGAAGAAAAAGCAGAUGAAUUAGUUGGAAUUUUUGUUUCUUAUGAUAAAGACGUAGUUUAUUCACUUCAGUUUUUGAAUUAUGUGAAUGGAGAAUUACAUAUGUCAGUUAAAUAUGGUACUGAUUAUUAUGAAAUGAACGAUGCAAUUGUGCUGGAUUAUCCAUCAGAAUUUAUUACUUCCAUAAGUGGUUCGUUCGAACGUAUCAAUAAAAAGUCAACUGAUUUAAGAUCGAUAAAAUUUUGUACGAAUAAAGGUUCUUAUGGACCAUUUGGUACUCCGUCAACUGAUGGCAAAGAAAAUAUUCACUUCAAUUUUGUGAUAGGAAAUCAUCAAUUUUUUGGUGGAUUUCAUGGCACUCAGAAUUCUAAUGGAUUUAUUAGGAGUAUUGGGUUUUAUGUGAAGGAUGUUCCAUCUUCUGUGAUCAAGAUUAAAGAUUCUCCAGUUAAGGUUAAAGAGGAAAAAUAA